AUGCCAACCUACACCUCAAGUCAGAGAGCUGCAAUAGCUCAAUUUACAAGUUUCACGCAGACCAAGGAAAGCAUAGCUGCUAAAUUUCUGAAAUCGCACGACUGGAAUGUGGAACGAGCUCUUGAUUCUAUAGCAAGCGCCCCCAAUUCUAAAGAACUGAAGAAUAUUGUUUCUCGCUCAGGACAUGCUUUCCUGCCGACCUUCUUCACCAUUCAUGCCACCGUCAUCUUCUCUCGCGCUUUCCAUUUGUACUACCAUAUCACUAUGCCUCCAAAACGCAGAGCCUCCAGACAAGGUCUGCCUAGCAACUCUGGUGUCCCAAUGGCAACAAAGAAACGUGCAAAGGCGUCUGGCCAUAAAUCUCAUCGAUUCUAUCAAAGUGGCACGAGCAGUACACCCGUCUCCGCUGUCCAACAAAAUCUAGGAAAACUAUUCGACCAAUAUCGAGACAACGCUGCUGCAUCUCCGGACAAGAUUGGAAUCGAUGGAGCCCAAGUAUAUUUGACAGAGAUUGGGGUUGAGUUAGAUGAAGUGGCACAUCUCGCCAUCUGCGACCUCCUUCAAUGCCCAUCCAUCGGAGAGUUCGAGCGAGCUGCUUUCGUGUCUGGCUGGCGCAAUCUUCCUGGCGACAAAAGUUACGAUACAAUCUCCCGCCAAUCAAACUACGUUUCCGUCCUUCGCCAAAAGCUCUCGACCGAUACCCGAUAUUUUAAGCAAGUCUACCGCAAUGCUUUCAAGCUGGCCAAGCCCGAAGGCCAGAGGAGUGUUCCAAUGGAAACCGCAGUCGACUUCUGGCAGAUGUUCUUUCAAGCCGAAAAGGGUGGGGUCCAAUGGAAUACUACUUCGACCAAGUGGCUUGAUUUGUGGAUUGAGUACUAUGAGAACAAUAACAAACGGCCCGUCAACAAAGAUCUUUGGAACAUGGUCGGUGAGCUGGUGCUGAAGAUCAAGGAGCCAGGAGGAGAGAACUUAACUUGGUGGACUGAGGAUGGUGCCUGGCCGAUGGCUGUGGAUGACUUUGUGAACUUUGUCAAGGAGAAGCGAAAGACCCAGGAGGAUACCAUGGACGUCAGUUGA